GACCGUAGCUUUCAACUAAGAUGCGGCUCGUGGAAUCCGCUAGGGCUUCAAAAGCUUCAAGUUCGAUUAUCUUCCGCCCUUGGCUUCUUCCCGAUUCGACAGCUUUCUCGACCUCAGCUUCGUCGAAUAACUGCGGAGAUGUCAAGGAGCGGAAGAAAGCAUCACCUCUCUCGCGUGCUCGACGCUCACAUCUCCACCGUCCAGGAAUCCCUCCGGAUUCUGGAGCGCCCGGCAGAUUCGGGUCUUGAAAAGGCGGAAUGGUCGGAAGUCGUCAAGCUGGGGGAUGAGGUCUCUAAACAAGCAACUAUGGCCGGAAUGCUUUGGAGUGGAGAAGCACCUGAAAUGAAGGCAUUAGAAGAAAACAUUGGCGCUUACUGUAACAUACUUCAUGGUUUUAUCUUACUUUGCCAUGGAAGUACAGUUGGAGCAGGGCCUACUCUUCACGCAAACAUCAAUGUUUCUGCCAAGCAAGUUGUGGAAUGCAGCCUCGCACUACUAAGAGAAGCAGUUUCCUCCUAUGAAUCACGCAACCGUGAAAAAAGGUUGUCGAUCCCACAGCUCGCUGGGGCAGUCUGGGAAUCAUGCACUGCUUUCAAGAAAAGCCCAACCACAAACUGCACUGCUAUUGGGCGAGCCAUAACUCAGGUAGCUGUUUCUGUGAAGGAUGUCCUUCGAGAAAUGGGAGAGCUCAAGGAAUUCAAAUCCACAGCUGCUCCUGAUGGAUCAGGAGGUGAAGACUCCAAUAGAGCCCCCGAGUCAACAUCCACUGAUGAAGAGGGUGAUGACUUAGCUGAGGCUGAUAUUGGCGAUGAUCUCUCGGCCGAGGAGAUGGCAGUUGCACAAUUAAUCAUUGCUGUGGUUUCUGAUACACUAACUGCCAUCAAAGAGCUGAUUCGGUAUAUUUCAGGCUUACUAAAGAGCUCCAGUCUUAAAGUUAACUCCAAAGAGUCCACCGACUCCUUGGAGAAACUUCUUAGUUGCUGCCGGGAGAUGGGAUCUGAGGUGAAUGAGCUGGGAGCUAGUGUCUAUCCACCACAGGAGGUGUAUCAAAUGAAAUCCGGUGUAGAGAAGAUGCUUGAUCUAGUCGUUAAGAUGCGAAUCGAAGUCACCAGCCUUGAAGGCUCAUCCAAUGAUGUUUUUGCCACCUUCAAACAAUUAGAGAGUUCUUUGGCAAACCUGGAGAAUGGACUGGGUAAUGAUGUAGCUAGGAGAAUGGGAAAGCUAGUCGUUUAGUAUUCACAUGCUUGUCAGUUAUUUAUUUUGCCUGUUGAUUAUGAGGGAAUGACCUUCGAGUCGCUCUAUCUUUGUGGGACAAGAUGCCAAAUGUGGCUUCAGGCUUUUUUUUUUUUAAUCUGUUGGCUAUAUUUAUCUAUAACUUUACAAUUAGUCCUAA